AUGAAUAAUGCAGGAGUGAAUGGGUCGGCUGCGAUGGAGAGGGAGGGAGAUGGAUCUGCUUCAGACAGCAGCAGCAAGACGAGGCGCCGACCAGGCGAGGCGUUGCCAGCUGCCGUGCGGUGUCCUGAGAAUCAGCUGGUCAACGGCUGGGUAGCUGCCCUCUUGGUCAAGGCGGAAGUAGAAGCAAAUGGCAAUGGCAAUGGCAAUGGCAAUGGCAGUGGCAGUGGCAGUGGCAGAGGCUACACAAAAGCCAUUCAGCGUGAGCAGGAUCACGAUUCACAAUUCACCAUGCACUUCCAUACGGCCCAGACACCGCUCGCUCUGGCAGCAGUCCUUUUUGCGCCCUCGCCCUCGCCCUCGCCCAGCACCAGCAACUGGGCAUCACAAGUACGCCAUCCAUACGCAUGCCAUCUUCUGCGCCAUAUUAUUUUCUCAUCCCACCGCGGCCAAGACAGGGGACGCCAGGCCAGCUUAUGCUUAUCCACCGAUCCAUCAUCCAGCCCGAACCGUCAUCAUGCCGAACUCUAUUUUGCCUUGAACAACGCACAUCCAUUACACACAAAGAGCCUGAACCGGCUUUGCAUCCGAAGCCUGGACGGUCCGUGGGAAGGGGAGGGCGGAGGGCGGAGGGGCAGGCGGAAGGCGGAAGGCGGAAGGCGGAAGGCGGAAGGCGGAAGGCGGAAGGCGGAAGGCGGAAGGCGGAAGGCGGAAGGCGGAAGAACGUCUGCCACGCUCCGCUCUGCUCCGAUGGCCGGCCGAGCAAGGGCACCCCCGUUUCAUCGCUCGCUCUAUCGCCACGCCUCUCCUGCCCAACCCAACCCAACCCAACCGCGCCAGCCUUUUCAUCACCGCCCCUGCACUGCACUGCGUCUCAUCAUGCUGUUGCCACUCAUCACACUUUGCUUUCUUGUUUCGCCCGAGUUUGAGGAGCUGCAUGCUUGUCAUCUUGUCCGACCAUCGACAUUCCUUCGCCGAGCACGUCUGCCCACUGCCCGUCACCUUGUACAGAACUACCGACAUACGGAGGAAUCAGCUUCUCCGACACAACCUUGGAAGCGUGUUGCUGUUCCUCCGCUGAAACACUCUCGUCCGAAGCACAAGCCGCCUCGCCAUCUUCACAAUUCAUCUUGUAGGCCUUGUAUGAUUGACCCACAAACAUUGACAUGUGCAAAAUGGCAUACGCUGUACCAGAGUCGCUUUGAAUCACCGCGCGUUCCACAGCCUCAAACUGUCUUACAAACACUUCGCACUUCCAGCUCCAUGAUAGCCAGCGUCGUGAUCAAUUCCGAGCAAUCUGCCGUCCACAAGAAUCGCCAAGAGAAGCCAUAA